ACACACACACACACACACGGCCUCCUUUUUGCAUCCGCUCCCGCCUCGCUGCCCUUCCUGUACCGCUGCUCUCGCUUGGCCAUCCUCCAUCAUGAACGACCUUGAGGACGCCUUCGGUGGGCUGGAUUUCUCCUCGUCCGACUCGGACGGCUGUGACGAGGGCGCGGCCUCGGUCUCCCCCUGUCAGCGGGCGUCCUCGCAGGCUGCCAAGUCGAGUUACCUUCCCCUGCUUCUACGCCCGGGCUGGUUCAUGCCCGGCAACGCCGACCAGGCGACCUGCCGUCGGGCGGUCGGCGCUCCAGCUGACCGGCCCCUGGGCGCAGGCCCCCAGGACGAGGGCCAGUCGGUCCUGUCUCGGAACCGCCUCAACGCGGCCUACCUUCGGCGAGCCUUCGAGGCGCUGGUUUCGGUGGUGCCGCUUGCUCUGGCCCAACUCGAGCCCUUCGCCAAGGAGUCGGCUGCGGUCAGUCUCGACCGGCAUGAGGCCCAUCAGCUAGCCCUGCAGGAGGCCCCCGGCGCUUCGGAGCGUCUGGCACAAAUCCGCGCUCGGCAGCGCCGCCUGGCCCUGCGCUUGGUUUUGCCAGUGCCGGGGUACUGCCCCACGACACUGGCCCCGGGGGAGGAUUUGCAUGGGCGCGCCGCCGAUGCCACCCCUCUGGCACUGAAUCCCCCGCACAGCCUUCAGGCCCUGGAGACGCUUGUCCGGGCCUGCCUGAAGGCUCUGCCGGGGAUUGCCCCGCCGGCAGCCCGCCAGGACACGAUGACCAUGGCCCUCUACCUGGGGGUUGGAGCUGUGGCACUUGCCGGCCAGGGGCCCUACUUCGCCCCGGGGAAUACCUGCACCGAUGCGCUGGAGCUCCUACGCUUGGCCGAGGCGGCUGGCAUGGACCGGGCCACCGUGUGCAUGGUGGCCCUGCACCUUGAGGCCCCGGCCGGAGCGCUGGCGGUUGAAACCCUGAUCCGGAUGCCGCGCCCGGUGGCCGAGUCCAUCGCCCCCCUGCUGCUGAGUAUGUGCCGGCUGCGGCAGCAGCUCCUGGGCCCCGAGGCAACCGGCGGUCUGGCCCCCGGGCCGGGUCGGCUGCGUGCUCUCGUUUUCCUCCUGCUUGACUACUACCUCGCGCUCCAGGCGCAGGCGCAACUCCCGGCGCUGUGGCUGGGUCUGGCCGACGCGGCAUCCCUGCUGGCCGAUGCCGGGGCUCACAUCUGGCCGGAUGGCUCGCCCACGCGGGUGGCCCUGCGCUGCGUGCGCGCCCUGGCCGAGUGGAGCGCACGGCCGCCGCCGUCCUCCUUCCGGGCAGCCGGCCUCGGUGAGGAGGGCACCCGCACGGCUCUGGGCGGGCCGCUGGCCCUCCUCUCGCGGGCCCCGGUCAGCUGUGCCCAUUAUCAGGCCCCUGACUGGGCACGCGUCCGGGCUGGCGAGGCCGUGGAGGAGGCCCUCCCUGCCAGUCGGUGGGAGUCACCGAUAGCCGAAGCGGCCUUCAGCCCGGCCCCCGGCACGGCGGUCCCUUCAUGCUCUUUGCCCAGCCGCCCGGCGCACUUGGAGGCCCUGCGGGCCGGGCUCCUGGCCGGUGUCCGCCUCUCCUCGGCUGCCACCACCAGCGCCACGUCCACACACGAGGGCCUUCUCCUGGGUCUCGGGUGUGCCCUGCUGGCAUCCUUGGUGGCCGACGUGGUUCAGGCGCCCCCGGCCGACGGGCAGUCAGCCCCGGUGGCGGCCUCCGCCGCCCCGGCCAGUGAAUUUGAGUAAGUCCGUCUCACUGUGUGUGUGCGUGCCCCCCAGGCGGGAUCCACGGGACGGACACAAAAAUAGACCAAUACAUCGUGUAAUGCAC